AUGCGUCGAAUGUUGUGUGACGAGCAUCGUAUAUGUCACGGUCAAUUUGUGAGAGAAAUUUUACUUUGGUCAUUGCCUUUCACGGAACUGAAAGAAGUCAUCGACCAAUCUGGUCCGUGCCUAGCAGGCCUGGAGACAUCUGCCAAGAAGAACAUCAACAUUGAAGAGGCGUUCAUAAAGCUGUUCCUACUCGCCAGACUACCAACUGAAAUGAGUCCAUCCCUGCACAGAAAAGUUCAACCGACUUAUGUGGCCAACUUCGAGUCGACCGAGAAGUCGCGAUCUGGAAAUCGGAGGUUGAUGUCGCUGCGGCGGCGACUGAGCGACGCCUGUGGCGCUGUAGCUAUCAACGCCAGGAGACCGAGUAUACGCACUGACAUGAUGAACCUGCAGAUGAAGCAGCAGAACAAACAAACGUCAUCAGUGACGUCAUCGUCGACUUUGAGUCACGAGCAGGGCGGUGGUGGUGGUGGUAGUGAUGGCGACAUCGGGAAGGAGCUGAUGGCAUUUAAGAACUGUUCCCUGCAGUAA